UUCGUCGGCAUAUUUUAACUGACACACACACCCGCGCAUCUGCACGAAAGUUCCCCCGCACCAUGCGCCGCCUGCCCCCUCCGCCGGCGGCGCGGACCACCGCGCUCCGCAGCUGCACCUCCACCGCAGCCGCGGAAGCCCGCCCGUCCUCUCCCCCCGACCCUUCCCCGCCGCGCCCGGACCCCUCGGACGUCCGGUCCCACAACGCCAGCCUCAUCGCGCUCUCCAAGCGCCGCGGGUGCCCGCGCUACCUCGGCCACAUCCUCGCCGCGUUCGCCUCCAUGCUCAAGUGCGGCGCGCCGCCCGACCGCUGCACCUACAACACGCUCGUCAACGCGCGCUGCAGGCUGGCGCACCUCGCCGACGCCAGGGCCGAGCUGGACCGGAUGCGCGGGGCCGGCUUCGUGCCGGACACAUUCACCUUCAACUCCCUCCUGCUCGGGCUCUGCAGGGGCGGCGUCCUGGCCGCCGCGUGCGGGGCGUUCGUGCAGAUGCCGCGCAGGUGGGGCGUGCACCACGACGCCUUUUCGCACACCAUCCUCAUCCACGGCCUGUGCGCGGGGGGCCGCGUGGACGACGCCCGCAGGGUGUUCGAGAAAAUGUCGAGGGGCUGGUGCAGGCCCGGGGUGCACACGUACACCGCGCUGGUCGACGGGUUGUGCAAGGACGGCCGGGUCGAGGACGCCGAGGCCCUCGUCGGCGAGAUGGUGGCGAAAGGGGUGUUGCCGAAUGUGGUGACUUACAAUGCGCUGGUUGGAGGGUUUUGUCGAGAGGGGAGGUUUGUCGAUGUGUUUAGGUUGUUGGAUAAAAUGGCGGCCGAGGGUCUUGCGCCGGAUUGGUGGACAUACACCCAUCUUGUUGAUGGCCUCUAUGAGCACGGCGAGGUGGAGCGGGCUGCCAAGGUCUUCCACGAAGUGGGGAAGCACUCUGCGCCUGGAGAUAGCGAUUACAAUGCAUUGAGCGAUAGGAAUUCCAUCUUCAAUGACAUGAAGGCUGCUCUUGAUGGAAACUGCAAGUAAGCAAAGUCUGAUGCCGCAAGCUCCAGGGAAAAAGGUGGAGAUCUUGAGAUCUCUAGUAGAGAAACAGAAGUGCGUCAGAGAAAGUAUGAUCUGUUACAUAUUCAAAUCUCAGCAGUUCAUGUCGAGCUACAUGAGAUGUAGAUAGAUUUGUGUUUGGAAGGUACAAGGAUGUUUUGUUGAAGAAGCCAAUAACUCUCGUCUCCAGUCUCAUUCUUGUUACGAGCACCCCCAGCAUCAAUGGAUGGAAUCAUGGAAGGUUCAAUUUUAGUGAUGAAUCUCUCAGGAAAAUAUAGAGCUAGGCCAUUUUUUAGUGGUGAUGUCGGAUAGCUGAGUUCAUUUCCAUGUUGUCCUAAAUAUAUAUGGGUGUUUUUUUGGGUUCACUUCAUGUGGUAUCUGAUUAGGGUCUACAUGCAUGGAUGAUGUGCACUCAAAAUAAAAUGUAAUUCACUUUUACUUUUACUUAACCCAGGAUAGCAUUCAUUGCUUAUGUACGAGAUUUUACCACUUUUAUCUCAUUGGUACAGAUAAUAUCUCCAA